AUGUCCGUGGCAUUUUUGGCCGAUAAAACAAAGUCAACUAUCCGAUUGGAGCAUUUGCGAGAAGCAGCAGCUGAGCUGAAUAUCAAAAUUCCGAAUGGCUCGGACGAGCAAGAUUAUCUUCACUUGCUACAAUCCGCAGAUGAAGUAAUGCGACAAAUUGAGGCCAGCGAUGACUAUAUCCACCCGGCUCUCUCGCUAGUUGAAACAACACAUCCUCGGACCUACUGGCAACCGGAAAUCAAAGACAACCAACUAAACGCCUGGAGGCACCGUUGUGAGCUGACAGCCGCAUCUCCAAAAGGUAACACCCUCAAAGGAAGAGCAGUCGCGAUAAAGGACAACAUAUCAAUUGGUGGCUUACCAACUACUGUCGGCACAUUCACCGAGCUCCUAUGUCAGGAUGGAAAUCUUACUCCGUCUCCUAUUGAUGCUUCUGUCGUAUCAAGAAUACUGGAUGCCGGUGCUACUAUCAAAGGAUCUUCGACAUGUGAGAACUACUGUGCAUCACCGCUUUCGUUCAGCGCUGCAACUGGCCCGGUACAAAAUGUCUGGAUGCAUGGUUAUACAUCAGGGGGAAGCAGUAGUGGCUCGGCGACGAUGGUUGCAGCUACUGCCAUCAAACAUGCAUCUGGCAAGGACUUUGGUGAAAUGGUGGACCUCGCCAUUGGUGGCGACCAGGCAGGCUCUGUCAGAAUUCCAGCGUCAUAUAGUGGCAUUUAUGGUAUGAAGCCUACUCAUGGUCUGGUGCCAUAUACUGGGGCGGUUCCUCUGGCUCCAAUGCUCGAUCACUUGGGACCGCUUGCUGCGAGCUUGGAGGAUAUUGCGCUUUUGCUUCAGAUUAUUGCAGGAUAUGACGGGAUUGAUCCUCGCAUGACACCGGAAUCACCACUACGAAGCCAGGUCCAAGACUAUCCUAAAAUGCUUUCCAAUUUCCGAAGAUCCGCGCAUGAGAAAGAAUUCUUAGGCUCUGGUUUGAAAAUUGGGGUGCUCAAGGAAUCCUUUGAAGUUGCCGGAUUAUCUAAACAGGUACGAGACACUGUGUGGGAAACUUCCAAUUCAUUUUUUAGGGCGGCAGGUGCAGAGGUGAUGGAUAUAUCUGUGCCCAUGCACCGUGAUGGCAGUCUCAUCUGGACCGCAGCAACGAGAAUGUCAAUGUCUGAAUGGUCAUGCCAAGGCAAAACAUCAGGAUAUCUCUCAUUUUUGCCACCACACAUACAAGCCCAAUGGCCUCCUAAUCAAAGGAUGUAUGAGUUACUCACUGCGACAAACCCGGCUGUCGUGAACAUCAUGCUCAGUGGGCCCUUUCUUAAAAAGCAAUUCGGGUCGAAUAUUGAAGCCAAAGCCCACCGAAAAGCUUUCGAGCUUCGAGCUGCAUACGACAAAGCCUUCGAGGAAGUUGACAUCCUGGUGACGCCUUGUGCACCUACAGUUGCUAUGCCACAUCCAAAGAUGCAAAGCGACACAGAGGGACCGGCUGCGACAGUCAUGGAGAAGUUAUCUCAGGCAGUAGGCGUUACAGCCAAUACUGCCCCAUUCAAUGUCACUGGGCAUCCCGCUCUGAAUGUCCCGUGCGGAUUUGGAAGUCCAACCGAUCGACCAGACGUGAAACUGCCUAUAGGCAUGCAGAUUAUUGGGCGACGGUGGGAGGAUGCAGUGGUGCUCAAGGCAGCAGCUGCAUUUGAAGCAGGCAGAGAAUUAGUGAAACAGACCUGA